CUCUCUCAAAGUCUCAAACUCUCAAUGGGUAAACAACCUCAUUUCGAUCGUUCCUGAAUAUGGUGUUGCACUCUGGCCAACUUACAUACAACAAGAACAUCGCCUCCUUCUAAGUUUCAACACUACUCCAAAUUUUCAUACUCAUAUAUUGUUGAAAAGCGUUAGAAACCCUUGUUAAACCCUCAUACUAGAGCAAUGCUCUCACGCUUCAUUGCAAUCCAUUCUCGGCAACUCCGACACCUUUCUAUCACUCUUUCACCUCGUUCCCACCCUCCUGUUCAAUCCCCUCAAGUCCCUAAAUUCCAAUCGACCAAUUUCAUCAAUCACAGUCGCUAUUUCUCCAGCAAUGGUGAAAAUGGAAAUGGGGAAAAACCCACUUCAGAUUUAUGGAAAAUCGGCUCAGAAACGAGUAAUUUAGAUGAUUUUUUUAGUACCCAUGAAGGGAAUUUGACGGGGGAUAAGGAGGAAGUGAGGAGAGAAUCGAGGGUUUCUCAAGAACAAUCAUGGGUUGUUGGAGAAAGUGGGGAUGGUGGUGAUGGAGGUGUGUUUGAUGAGUUUGGUGGGGGAGAGAGUGGUGGGGUGGGUGGUGAGAGGGUGUCGCCGUCGCCGGGGUUUCAGCCAUGGAAAUUAGGGGAGGAGGAGAGGGGGGAGGAUCUGUUCGGGCUCGAAGGCGGUGUUCGAGGUGAGGGAAGAAGUGAUGGGACUGUGGAGGAGAGGGAAAUGGUGAGUGCUGCUCAGAAAUUAGAGCUUGAGAAGGAAGAACAAGCUCUCAUGGAAGUCCUUAAAGGUCCAAACCGUGCUUUUGGUGAUCUCGUUGCUGCAUCUGGAAUCACUGAUGCAAUGCUGGAUAGCUUGAUUGCCUUGAAAAAUUUCCAAGAUAUUGAUGGACUGCCUCCUUUGACACAAAUAGAAGAUGAGCGUUAUGAAAAGACUUUUAGAAAAUCAUCGAGAUAUGAAUUGGAGCUUCAGAAGCAGGAGGAAGCUGCAAAGGCAAGGGUUAGACAAGUGGAUGAGAAAGGAAGAGCUUAUGGGACAGGAAGGAGAAAGUGCAGUAUAGCUCGAGUUUGGAUUCAACCUGGCGAGGGAAGUUUUUUGAUUAAUGACAAGAUGUUUGAUGUCUAUUUCCCGAUGCUUGAUCAUCGUGCAGCUCUUCUUCGACCAUUUGCUGAGACAAAGACAUUAGGUCUUUGGGACAUCAAAUGCACUGUGAAAGGAGGUGGUACCACAGGUCAAGUUGAUGCAAUUCGUUUAGGGAUUAGCAGAGCAUUGCAAUGUUGGGAACCUGGGUUGCGACCUCCACUAAGAGAAGCUGGGUUUUUGACAAGAGAUCCUAGAGUCGUGGAGCGUAAAAAGCCCGGUAAAGCUAAAGCAAGAAAGAGCUUCCAAUGGGUCAAGCGUUAACAUGUAUCACUUCACAACACCCUCAGUUAUUAUUUUUGUCGUAGGGGGGAAUCUAUUCGCCCCAUGGAUGUCGUAACUCCAUAGAUCAGAAGUAGUUACAUCAUUUUACUGGAAACGCGAUUCUGGAAAACUGUUGACGCAGAAUUUAUCCCUUUUUUCAUUACCUGGAUCCUUUUUCGUGGUCAAAAGAACAACAUAAUUUUAUAUUUUCGGGUCCCUCAAACGAUGAUUUAAUCUUAAAUGUUCAGUUAAAGACUCCCAUAAAACACGGCUGCAUUGCAUGCACAUUGCACAGCCGUUUAGUGUACACAAAGGCCAAAAGGCAGAAAAAAGUGUGAUGAUAUGUGCUUAUUCUUUUGCGUUACAAAGAUAAUGAUGGAAAUAUUCCUGAAAAUGACAUUUUUGAAUUGGUGAUAUUAAUGGUACAUGUAAUUUAAUUGCAUAGAUUAUACGGCUAUUUUGGGUGGAGUAUAAUUUAUGUAAGGACUAUUUCGUUUAGUUGAUUAUUCUCCAUGCAAUUAAUGAAUCGACCCUUCUAACGGGACAACCUGAAAAAGAGAGAGAACAUUUAUCAUUGGAAUCAAGAUUAAUUAUCCCCAAAUUCUUUUGAACAAACUUUUGUCAGCUUCCCUCAAAAAAAAUAAAAAUAAAAUAAAAAUAAAUAAAUAAAAA